AUGAUGGCUUUUGCCUCCUGUUACAGUGGCUCCUGCCUUCUUUUCACGACAGCUCUUGCCUUCUGUCUCGAUAGUCCUUUCCCCAAGUGCCCAGAUAGACUUCGAACUGUAUCGCAUCCCGCCAGCGAUUCUCUUCACAUACAGUAUCUUUCUGAUGUAUCAUGUAAAGAGAGAGCAGAGUGA